GGCCACAGCCCAUAGUCAUAGGUCCCACACUUGUCCUUCCUCUGGCUGCACCCCGCGGCCACCGCUAUAUAAAACUCCCUGGUCACCCUGUUCGACCCAAAAGCGUCCCCUGUUCCGCAAACGAAAUCGCCGUUUCAUUUGCCCAUCAGAAACUCCCCAUCCAAACGCAGGGUGUUGAGAAGACGAUUCAGACGGCUACAAUGGUGGAUGUGGACCACCGGAUGGCGGGGCUCGGCCCGGCGGCGCACGCGGCCGCCCUGCGCCGCCUGUCCACGCGCGCCGCAGCUGGCCCCGCGUCGGCGUCGGCGUCGACACCGCGCCACGGGCUCUACUCCUUCCACGGCGUAGCCUCCUCCGUGCUCUCCCACCUCCGUUCCUCCGGAGUGGCCAUCCUCCCGGGCCUCUCCGACGCGGAGUUCGCCCGUGCCGAGGCUGAGUUUGGAUUCACUUUCCCGCCGGACCUCCGGGCCGUGCUGGCGCUCGGGCUCCCCUCGGGCCCAGGGUUCCCGGACUGGCGCGGGCGCUCGGGGCUUCGCGCGGCGUUCGACCUCCCCGUCGCGGCGGCGUCCCUUCAGAUCGCGCGGGGCGCGCUCUGGCCGCGCUGCUGGGGACCCCGGCCAGCGGACACCGACCGCGCGAGGCGGCUCGCUCGCUCCGCGAUCCGGCGCGCGCCGCUCCUUGUGCCGCUGUUCGACCGGUGCUACCUGCCCUGCCGCCCCUGCCUCGCCGGGAACCCGGUCUUCUUCGUCACCGAUGACCGCGUCUUAUGCUGCGGCCUCGACGUCGUUCACUUCUUCACCCGCGAGUCCUCCUUCCAGCCGAUGGCAGAGAUCUCCAUCUCCUCCCCGUUGGCCAAGACGCACUCUUCCGGCACGAGCAGUACUACGCCGUGCACGCGCCGCAGCCUCGACGCCGUCCAGGCCCCGCGCUGGAUCGAGUUCUGGAGCGACGCAUCAUCCGACCGCCGCCGCCGCGACUCGUCGUCCUCCGAAGCCUCCACCGCGUCGUCAUCCUCUUCCUCCUCGUCAGCCGGUUGCCCCUCGCCGCCUCGGCGGUCGACCCCGCGCUGGGUCGACAGCUACCUCGACAAGCUCGGAUCGGUGCUCAAGGAAGGCGGCUGGAGGGACAGGGAAGUUGAUGAGAUGGUCGAGGUGACCGCCUCGGGAAUGUUCGACGGGGAGGAGACGACGCCGGCUUCUGACGCGGAGGCUGUGCUCGACGCACUGCUGCUGAAAACGGACCGGUGCUCGGACUCGCUCAGGCGAGCCGGAUGGAGCUCCGAGGACGUGUCAGACGCGCUCGGGCUUGAUUUCCGGCGGGGCAAGAAGCCGCUUCGAUCUGCCGUGCGAGUACCGCCAGAGAUAGCUGCCAAGGUCCAGCGCCUCGCUCAAGCGGUGGCGAGGUCGUGACCUCACCUCAACGGCGUCGGCCGGCCGGGCAUGUAGCAUCUGCCCUUUUUUUUUUUUUUUUCUAUUUCCUCCUCAUAUGGGGGAUUAAAGAACACCUGUAUGUUAAGUGAGAAAGUAAACUAACCCAUGUUCAUGUGCAUGGAUACACACGUAAAUUAAAGCCGUGUUCAUGUGCUAAUUGCCAAAUAACAAUAUGUCAAUGCCCAAUAAAUUAACACCGAUCCCUUUAUUUCUCCA